UCUCGACCAUGGUGAUCCUAUUUAUAAGUGCUCGAUGUGUGGAGCUUAUAUGUGGUACAAUGACACUUAUAGGUGGCACUCAUAAAAAACGACAAGGCUAUUCCUUAUGUUGUCGUCAUGGUAAAGUGCAGCUUCCAACCAUGUCGAAACAACCUCCUCAACGUCGACCACAGUGUUAAUAGAGGAAGUGGUCCGUAUUGUUUUCGAAUCAGUGGUCAGAAUUCCCACAGAAUAGGAGGGUUAGUUCCUGAAGAAGGUUGUAUCCCCAAAUUUGGUCAGUUGUAUAUUUUUGAUACAGCUAACGAGUUAGCCCAUCGCAAAACAGCUUUGAGUUCCAAACAUGGUUCUUCCACACUAACAACAAAGAACUCUAAGUUGGAUGACUCACUUGCAAAACAAAUUCAAGUUAUGCUUGAUGAACAUAAUCCAUUGGUGAAGCAGUAUAGAAUGGCCCGUGACAGGUUUCAACAAGACAAUCAAGAGAACUUCACUUUACGCUUAAUUGGUCGCAGGAAUAAAGAUGGCCGACAGUAUGAUCUACCUACAGCCGACGAGGUUGCUGCUUUAAUUGUAGGUGACAUCGGCACAACAUUUGAUAAAAGGGAUAUCAUUAUUCAAAAACAAUGCGGCCAGCUCAGAAGAAUUAGCGAGUUACAUCCUUCUUAUCUUGCUCUGCAGUACCCGUUAUUGCUACCAUAUGCUGAAGACGGUUACAGAAUAGAUAUACCACACAGAGAGGUUCAGGAGGAUGGUACAUCCAUCACUACCAGAUCACGAGUGACUAUGCGUCAAUUUGUUGCAUACAAGAUUCAGGAAAGAGACGAAGGAUUUUCACUGUUACUCAAUUCAGGAAAACUGUAUCAGCAGUAUUUAGUCGAUACUUAUACAAUGAUUGAGGCAGAGAGAAUGUCAUACUUUCGAAGUCAUCAAAAGAAAUUUAGAAGUGCUCCUUUGUCUGCUGUAAAACAGGUGGUUAAUGCUGGAACUACAGAUAGCUCCUCUGUUGGAAAACGCACGGUCUUACCUUCGUCUUUUACAGGGGGGCAGAGAUACAUGGUUCAAAAUUACCUUGAUGCAAUGGCAUUGGUCAAGGCAUUUGGAUAUCCAGAUCUUUUCUUAACAUUCACGUGUAGCCCAAAAUGGCCUGGAAUCCGUAGGCAGCUCAAAAGGUCUGUUAGUUUAAAACCUGAAGACAAGCCAACAACUAUAUCAAGGAUGUUCAAAAUUAAACUUGAACAGUUCAUUAAAGACAUCACAAAAGAAAAGAUUUUUGGGGAAACUGUAGCAAUUGUUUACACUGAUGAAUUUCAAAAGAGAGGUCUUCCACAUAGUCAUAUUUGUGUUUUCUUGGACCAACAAUACAAAUUGUCAACUCUAGAACAUAUUGAUAGGGUUAUAUCUGCAGAGCUUCCGGACGAGAAGGCUGAUCCUAAGUUGUACAAGCUUGUGACGGAGUUCAUGAUGCAUGGUCCAUGUGGUAAAGCGAACAUAGAUGCCCCAUGCACUGUAAAAGGCAUUUGUACGAAACACUUCCCAAAGGAUUACAAUGAUCAAACCAGAAUCGAUGAUGAUGGUUAUCCCAUAUAUAAAAGGCGCAAGGAUGGAAGAGUAUAUUACAAAGGUAAGAUUCCCUUGGACAAUAGAUUUGUUGUGGGUUACAAUUCUUUCCUCUUGAAAAGAUAUGAGGCCCAUAUCAACGUCGAGUGGUGUAACCAUGUAGGUUCUAUAAAGUAUCUAUUUAAGUACAUCAAUAAGGGUAAUGAUAGAGCUACACUUGGUAUUAGUAAAGGUGAUGUUGAUGAAAUAAGCCUUUUCUAUGAUUGUCGCUACAUUUCAUCAUGUGAGGCUGUAUGGAGGAUUUUUGCCUUUGAUAUUCAUUAUCGAAAGCCGGCUGUAAUGAGACUUCCCUAUCAUUGUGAGGGAGAACAGAGUGUUACAUGGGAUGAAGAUGUUUGCCUUGAAGAUGUGCCAAACAAACCAUCUGUUAAUGCAUCUAUCUUCCUCGGUUGGUUUGAAUGCAAUAAAAAUUACUCGGAGGCACGUGAAAAGUCCUAUGUUGAGAUGCCAGAAUCCUUUGUGUGGAAUGGUGAGUUAAAUAAAUGGACACCGGGGAAAGGGCCUCCAAGUGUUGGCCGACUUCAUCAUUGUUCUCCAGCUGCAGGUCCUCUUUAUUAUCUUCGCAUUCUUUUGAACAAGGUAAAGGGACCAAAAUCUUAUGAGGAUAUUAAAAGGGUCAAUGGCAGGGUGCACGAAACCUACAAAGAUGCUUGCUUUGCUCUUGGUUUACUAAAUGACGACAGAGAGUACAUUGAAGCAAUCAAAGAAGCAAAGGAGUAUGCUUCAGGGGGUUAUUUUAGAACUUUGUUUGCCACAAUGAUUAUCACUUAUCACUGA